AUGGCGGCCCCAAGAGUGUCCAGGGGAACAAGAUUGCUCCCAACCUAUUUCCAAAAGAAAUCCUCAAUGCUACGAAUAAAAGGCGCCAACCUCUUCCAAGCCUACUUCUCCCCCGAAAACCUCAUUCCCUACGUCGGCGCCCGAUACAUCAGCGACUUCGAUAACCCCAUCCGCCCAAAGGUCUUCGACAUGUAUCAGAAUCGCGAGCGAGGCAUUUUAUGGUGGACCGUUGCGGCUGGCCACAUGGUCAAUAUGAAGCGUGUGGUGCGCUCGUGGUGCGCCAGGCGGGUCAGGAUAGCUUUCAGGGCCGCGCUGAAGGAGAGUGGGUAUGAUUCGGAGGGAAGGAAAUAUAUCCUUGGUGCAUGUGGGAAUGGCAAUCCAUUGUCGAAGGAGAAGGCGUUGAUGGGCACGCUGGAGGUGCGCAUGUGCACGGCACUGUUGAAAGCGAAGCCCGAAGCGCUUACGGAGCAGAUCAAGUUGCUGAUUCGAGCUGUGGAAGAUAACCAGGUGGGGAGGGACAAUGGGCAAGAGGUUCGACGGGCCGCGCCGGCGAGAAUGAACUGCCCAAGUGUCCCGAUGGAAACGAGGCAGUAUAACCUUUUAACUUGGCCUACUUGGGCAGCGAGGAGGAAACUGGAUCUCCGGAUGGGUGGAAGCGUCACCUACUUGGCAGUCCUGUACCCGGUAUGUGCGAUUUUGGUAUUCAGCAGCUUGCUAAGGAUCUCAGAGGUCGUACAAUCAACAGAAGCAAGCUGGCGCAUCACUGCGACUCGUCGUGGAGAGCAGGGGGGACCGCCACGCAUGCCUUCCCGUGCGCACGGUAGCGAGAGCAUUUCCCAAAAAUGGCUGGGAGUGAACAAAUGGUCGUGCGAUCCUGCACCAGAUAUUUAA